AUGCGCAGUUCAGUACGCUUCGGAAGUCUGUCUUUGAAAACGAUCGAUAGGAUUGUGUGGACAUUUGUUGAGUUAAAUCGUCUGCUUUUGUCUUCAUUGUGUGAUCAAUUAAUCCGUUGUUUUCUUUCGAACUCUCUCUCUCCUCUCUCUCCCAUUCUCUCUCUCUUUAUCUUUACCCCCUCUCUCUUAUCUCUCUUUCUCUUUCUCUUUCUCUCCCUUUCUCUUUCUUUCUAUCGCUUUCUCUCACUUUCUCUUGCUCUCUCUCUCCCUUUUUCUUUCUCUCCCUUUAUUUUUUCUCCCCCCUCACUUUAUUUCGCUCCAUUUCUCUUUUUCUCUUUCUCUUCCUCUUUCUUUUUCUCACUCUCUCUCUCUUUCUCUCUCUCUCUCUCUCUCUCUCUCUCUCUCUCUCAUUGCCUCAAACUCUUUCUAUAUCCUAUUCCUUUCAAAUUAACCAAGACAACGUUGAGUCCGGCCCGCGUCGAAGAAUUGUUGAUGGAGGUUAACGAAAAGGUGCGACGCCUUGAAAUUAAGUACAAAGCAAAAUCCGACGCCAAAAAGAUCCGAUACGAAUUCGUUCGCAUGCCUGGCGAGAAACCUGGCCACGCCGUUCUGGAAGUUGCCAAGCAGUCCGGCGCCAUUUUCAUUGUGACAGGAACCCGUGGCAUGGGCAAGCUACGGCGAACAGUGAUGGGUAGCGUCAGUGACUACAUACUCCAUCAUUCCCCCGUACCGGUUUUGAUAUGUCGACACAAGGAGAAGGACAACCUCAGUCCAGUGAUAUUAAGUCGAUUUAAAAUAAUUUGUUUCUCUCUCUAUUUUUCUUUAUUCUCUCUCUCUCUCUCUCUCUCUCUCUCUCUCUCUCUCUCUCUCUCUCUCUCUCUCUUGCUUUUUCAUUUUUGUUUACCCUGUUUUCCUCACACGAAUUGUCUUUUGCAUUUCUUUCUUUUUAUUCAUUUUGUUUGCGACAUUUAUGUUUUUACUUUUCUCUUUCUUUCUUCUUUCUUUUUUUUCUGCAUUAUUUCUUUGCAUUUCUUUUCCUCUUUUCUUCCCUUACACUCUUACGUUCUUUCUACUCUCUAUACCAAUUCCUUUCGUCCUACUCUCUACACCACACUCCCUUUCUUCCCACUCUCUCCCCCACUCUUCUCUUCUAACUACUUACUCACUCUUCCUUUUUCUUACUCUCUCUACCACUCUGCUCUUCCUCCGACUCACUAUACCACUCUUCCGUUCUUUCUAUAUCUAUCACUCUUUCUUUCUUCCUACUCUCUAUACCACUCUCCCUUUCUUCCUACUCUCUCUUCCUUUCUUUCUACUCCAUAUCACAGUCUUCCUUUCUUCCUAAUCUUUCUCAUCGUCUUCUUUUCUUCCUCCUCUCUCUCGCAUUCUUCCUUUCUUUUUACUCUCUCUCCCAAUCUUCUUUCUUACUACUCCUUCACUCUUCAUUUUUACCUAUUCUCACCCCCACUCUUGCUUUCUUCUUACUCUUUCCGCCACUCAUCCGGAAAUUUAUUUUCCCCUCAAUCAUUCAGCUUCCCUAAUUUUCUCCAAUAUUCUCAUUCUUGUUUGUGCUAUGAAUUCUCCUCUUUUCCACACACUCUCUUUAUUUCUCCCUUUUUGUCAGCCUUACUCCUCACUUCUUCCUCUCCUCUUCAACGUUCCUUUUCUCUUCCACUCGCUUUAUAUCGCAUAGUCUAUCAAUCUAUAUAUUUUUCUCCAAUAAUAUUUGUCUUUCUUUUUCCACCAUCUCUCUCAUACUCUUGA